UAGUGAGUACCAGAGAUGGAUGCAUUCCAAACAAUCCUGAAGUUCUUUAUGAACAGGAAAACCGCUAUAGGUUACAGUUUUAUGGCGCUGCUGACAAUGGGAGGUGAACGUGUGUUUUCUCUUGUUGCUUUCAGAUGCCCUUGCAGCAAUGAAAACUUCAGGUACGGUUUGGUAUUUCUCUUCUCUCCAGCUCUUGUUUUGCUGGUUAUUGGAUACUUCUUGAACAGCAAGACCUGGAAACUCUUUACAGGCUGCUGGGUGAAUCCCAGGAAAAUAUUCCCCAGAGGGAAUAUCUGCCAUUUCUUUUACGUCUUUGGACAAAUCACUUUAAAUGCUCUGGUAGCCCCAGUGAUGUGGCUUUCCGUGGCUUUGCUCAACGGGACUUUUUACGAAUGUGCCAUGAGUGGCUUGAAAAAUCCUGCCUACUUACAAGCGGUUUGCCACAGCAAAUCGGAGAACUGCUUCGAAGAGCUAUACAAGAUAGCCUGUGACAAAAGCUCCCUGCCCUUUUCAGAGAGUGAUGAACUGAAAAGAACACUUCAAGCACAGUCCCAGAUUUUAGGAUGGUGUGUGAUAGUUACCACAGCUCUCCUCUCCCUGCUAACCUCUUGCUGUGCCAGCUGCCAGUCAAAAGUCAGCCACCUCCAGCUGAUGUUCUGGAGAGUGUAUGAGGGGACGGAGAAGGAGCAACUGGAGCAGAUUUUCCAGCUGUAUGCCACCAAGCUGAGUGAGCGAAACCUGAAGUGCUUUUUUGAAAGCAAGGAACCAGAACCCAUUUCCCUGCCAGCUUUCCAGGCAUGGGAAGAUGCUUCCCAGCUCUACUCUUUCAACAGUAGCAAACAGCAUUAUAGCACAAUUCACAGGCUAGUUGAAGAAGGCCAGAAAGGAAUCAGUGAGGAAAGAGAAACAAUUCUGGACAUUUCAGACAGAAGGGAAAUACCAUAAACCAAGUAUAUUUUCAGUUUUUUUGUAUCUUGUUAAUAUGGAAUACUUCUAGCUGGUUUCAUCUCUGUAUUUUUUCACAAUUUUCCACAAUUUUUUCACUCUUUCUUCUUCAUCAUGUUUCCUCCCAGUUAGAUAUUUGCUCCAAAAGGAUGGAAUGAAAUUAUUUCCCUACACAAGUGAAAAGGCUGCAGUACUCCGUGGCACCCAGAGUUCAUGUCACUGGCUCAGCAUCAAGAGCACAAAGAAAGGAAUAAUGGCUUCUACAAGAGGGUUUUAACAAUAUGCUAUGCAAAAUGUGCUAUGGUAUGCUUGUCCUAUGUAAAUCUAGAGAUCAUCAACAAGUAAAGUCAUUUGAAGUGUGUGAAUAUAAUAACAAGAUAUGUGUGGCUUUCUGACAGUGUAUAGAAAGUAAAGAUUUUCCAUCCAGGUAAUUUCCAGGCCAAUUGCAGAUACAGCCUUGAUUUGAGGCACCAGUGAAUCCCUCAAGGUUUCUCCGUCUUUGGAUAUUUUGCCUUUGUAGAACAUCCCCCUAUUAUUUGCUCCCAGUCUAGACUUUCUCUUUGUAUGGAUAUAAAGUUCUAGUUUUGAGUGAGUUUCAGGCACUGUGUGCAGCCUGUAGUACUAUGUAAUAUUGCUGUUUCUGAGCCUGCAGCCAGUGUACAACUGGCCUGCAAGGAAAUUCCACUUUUUAAGACAAGAAAAUAUUUUUCCAGAAGACUGACUUUCAUAUUUUGAAUAUCCUAGGAAAACUUUGUGUCUGGAGCAAGAAGAACCAGCUGGUGAGGCAACUGCACAGUCAGUAUGUCAGACAAAUGCAUUUCACCCCAGAGCCCUGUGCUUUACCUCACCCACUUGGAAUUCAUCACAUGGCUCUCAGCGUGUUCAGAGUAUUCUCAAAUGCUGUAUAAAAGAACAAAGUUACUUUCCCUGGGCAGGCUUUUGUGCAGCACUUUAUUGCCAGUCUCUGCUAGUCUGCAAAGAAUCAUAGCUUUGCUGUGCUUGAAUCAUGCUCUUCUCAACAAACCAGGAUAUCCUGCCCAGCUGUUCUCAUACUCAUUGGGCUUCUUCAGCAGGCAAAAGCAUCUAUAUACAGACCAUUACUCUUUAUGAAAUAAAACACAAGCACUAAUUCAACUCUCUGCUUAGAAUUUUAUCCUUAUGUUUUCAAGAACUUGUGACCUUUGAGACAAUAUUUUAAAGUUCUUUCAUCCCAGAUGACCCACUUAGCAGCACAUUUAAAACAUGUUAUAUGCUUAAAUGAGCCUGUUGCAGCUGAAAGCACAGAUGUAACACUGCCAAAAUGAAAGUCACAACAGCAGAUGUCUGACACUGUGUCUGGCACAUACACCAACCAUUUCCUCCCCAGGAGUCUCUCCUGGUAUAGCAUCUACCUACUUCCAGACAAUAUGACCCCUCCUAUUUGUCUGGUUUUAUCUUUCUUUAUGAGAACUGCCCCAACAUCUUCUGUCCAGCCCCAUUUCACCUCCUCCCUGCAUAUAAGUGGAGAUAGCGCAUGCCCUAAGAGGACAGCCCUGCUGCCUGGGCCAAACUUCCCUUUCCAAAACUGUCUCUCCACCUUUUCCCUCAGAAAAUCAAAGCAAGUAGGGAAGCAAUGGGGAGGACAGCAAGUUGAUCAAAGAAAUAUGGGAAACAAGUGGGUUGAUGUAAAAGAUAGGGCCUCCAGUGUGAUAUAAUGUCUGAGACACAGAGGCAAAAGCAUAGCUGGUAGAGGGAAGGGUAGGAGGACAGAAUGAUCCCAUGUAGAGCUUUUGGUAUCCUCUUUUCCCUCAGAAUAAGGCUUAGGGCUCUGCACCUGAGUAGCCCAGGCCAUCUGAAAUGGCAGCCCUUCCCAGUCCUAUCUAUCUGCUUUUUUGUGGAGGGGCAAAUCCAAGAUGAAUUUCCCCCUCCUCCUCCUUGCCUGCUUCAUGUUUGCAGGUAGCUCAUGUUGAGACUGUUUCUACCCCCAAGAGCAGCUGCUGAACACUUUGUGCUGCAAUGUGUGCCUGGUAGGAGCCCAUCUCUCACUGAUCCUCAUUCCCAGGGCUGUGUGACUCUUUUAUCUUAACAAAAUUCCUGUAACUUAAUGCAAUUUCCAUGUGGAUCCUAGAAUACUUCUGUAAAAACAAUCUGAAAAAACAACAAGUUUGACCCUAUGUUUUCAACUGGAAUGUGGAUUUGGCAAAUUUAGUCCUUCAAGGGGCUAUUGCAAAAGCUGCUUUCUAUCAACAUUGUUCCUGAAUCCAGCAGCUACCAUAGCAGCUCAGAAAGAGCCAGACUGUUGUCAAUUCUGUCCAAAACAAACUGGAGAGAGAGAAAAACACCCAAUAAAUAAAACCAAACAUCAAGAUCAACAUUUUCUGCUGGAAAAUUUAGAUUUUGCAUUAAUUCUGAUACCCAUUAAAAUAUGAGCAUACAAGAAAAUAGAAAACUUAUAUUUAAUCCUCUGUGCUCUGUCCCUCGGUUUAGUCUUUAAAUUCUCUUACCACUUCUUCUACAUCUGCUACUCCAUCAAACUUGAAGUCUUUGUUAUAAGAAUAAAGACUUUUUAACCAUGUUAAGCGCUCAUAUGCCCUCAAUUUAGUUUCAGCUGUACUUUGCAUUAUGGUAUGAUGAAUCUGUCCAAAUUUUAUUGUUAAAAAUUCCAGUGUAAAAGAGAACUUGAAUGGAAACUAUGCAAAACAAGUAUCUGGUUUGCAAUGGAGCACCAAAUUAAAGCAAAAUUGCAAAGCUAUAAAGUGAAAAUUAUGAAAAUGCCUUGGCAGGAACAAUAAUUUAAGUGCAUAGAUAAGCAAAUCAAUUAAUAUAAAAUAUUUUUUCUUAAAACCAGCCUGUAACUGAACAGCAGCUACUUUAAAACUACCAUUUACAGCUUCUCAGAGGAUAAAACAAAGGUAUUUUCAGUCUUUCUGACUCCAAAAGACUAGAAGAUAAAAUGAAUGAGGUGGUUUAAAACUUGCAUCCCAUAAAUCUGUCUCGCUUUUAUCCAUGAAAUGGAAGAAACAAGAAUAUCUGUUUAGACACGUACAUAGGCUGGCCAGCAAAAUGAUGCCCAUAUAAAGCAAAACCUCACUUUUGAAAAUGUUAUUUGCAACUCUAUGACAUUAUAUAUUGCUUAAUGAGAAAAUAAGACCUAUGCAGUCUGAAUUAAAAAUGUAUCUCUGCCCUUUUUCAAAAACUCAGUCAGAAUUCCAUCUCUCUCAAGCAACAAGUAGAAAUAUCAUUAACAUUUUGGUGGUGCUCAAACACAGCCUAGAAUUACUGAAAUAUUUAGGAAGCCACUAACUUUUCAGUCCCUCUACAUACUGCUGGGGACUUUUCACUUCCAAACUUUUUAUGCAUAAGUCACGACACUAAGUAAGUACAGACUGUUAAAAAAUUGAAACCAUUAUUUCAGGCAGCAUAAUAGCAAGAUUAAUGAAGGAUCAGAAUUCAUCUGCUUAAAAGGGGAAAGGCAGCAAAAAUAAUAUUUCUGCUAGCAUACUUUUCAUUCUUAGUGUUUUUCCAGUCAGUGUUUGGAAAUAGAAAGAUAUAUUAAAGGUCUUGCUAUCUGUUGCAAAUUCCAAACUUCUCUUCUGACCUUUUCUUUACUCUCCACAGUGAGAGUCAAUGUCCUGUUUACUGUCUAUCUCAGUAGGCUGUAUUCCUUAGCACAGCAACCUGCUUACGCAUUGUCCUCUCCUUGCUGAGAACUGAAAAGCAACAUUUACCAGCUUCAUAAAUUCUGCCAGCUUCUGUCAGACCUUCAAACAGGCCAUAAGUCAGUAUAGAGGGACCUUGUGUGGCAGCAUCUUCCAUGACAAGGGAAGGACUUUUCCUGUCCUACAGCUCUGGACAGACGGGUGACAUGGUUGGAUUACCCCAUCCUUUGUUAUUUCCCACCCACCCCCCACCCCUCACCCCAGGAACUCUCCUCAAAGAGGUCCAGAGAUGUUAAUUUCCUGCAUUCACAGGGUACUCAGUGUCCACAAUAAAGCCCAUCUCUGCAGCCACUGCUUUUCAGGAACAGAUCUAUCCUCAGGCACAGCACUGCUUAAUCCAGCAGAAGAGCCUGUAAACCAGCAUCAGCUUGCUCUGGACCAGAGGUUGUAGUCAGGCUUCCACCCCUGGCACACACAAAUAACUCCUAGUGCUAGAGAAGGCAAUAUAAACAUCAGAUCUAAACUCAGAAGCUGUUUUUUGCAACUCAUUUGAUCAGAUCAAUUACAUCAAGUCCUUUGAGGAGAAAUUUAAUUAAAAAUUUGAUUUUGCAAGAGAGACAAAAAUUAUCAACGUAAUUUCAAAAGUAAUUCUCAGUUAUAUUCAGAUCCAAAUUCAGAAUGCCAUCUUGGACAUUACUUCUUUAGCUGGGUUUUGUCCUUAAUAUCAUUCCUCAAUUGAUUUCCAUUUUUUAUCUCAAUUUGCCAGAAAGCCUAAUUUUACAUGUCUUGUUUCGUCUCUUUUUAAUUCAAUCCCAACUGCAACCCUGCCAAGUCACAGGACCAACAUGAGAAGACAGUGAACACCAUGGGAACUCAGUGUAGAAGGGUUCACUUUGGCUCCGUGUCAAAACUUGUUGGCCUUUUUCCAGGCCACUAUAAAUUAGCAUUAAAGCCCAGGCUUUGCAAUCUGAACCAUCGGUGGAAGUUUUAAGCUCCCAGUCACUGACUGCUUUAGGUGCACCUUUCCUCCAGUAUUUAUCUCUUAAUCUGGGAAACUGGCUUUGUAGCCCUCAUUUUAUAUUUGUUUGUUUUUUGUUUUUUUUUUCUUUUGCUUCAUCUCUUUCCAUUUCCACAGGGAACAUCCACAGCCUGAUCUUACAGACUUCUUUGUUUUCCAAAGAAUUGAAGGAUAAUAGCUAUGUUAACAGGAGGUUUGGCUUUUACUACUUGAAUUGCUUAACUGUCUUAAUUACUUUAAUUUCAAACUGGUUUUACUCAUCCUCAAACAUCCUCCGAAGACCUAAUACAGUUAAGUAUUUAAGCACUUUCUCCUGGCUGGGAACACUCCUGCUGAAGAGUUAAGGGGAUCAUGUAAACAGUUUCAUAAUUCUGAACUAGAAAGUUUAAUAGAGUAUUUGCAACUUCUUACUGGGUCACUUUAGACACGUUUUGUUGGUAUGUGUCUCAGACAAACGUGCUUGAAGAUUAUUUAAAAAUUGUUUUGCCAAAGAAAUGUGAAAAUGCUGUCCAUAUCACAUUUUGCCUCAGAAAUGUUUUACUCCUACUACUCAACUCCUUUUUGUUUGCUAAAAACAAUCUUUCAAAAGGACAGUGUGUGCUUUAAUGUUUGUUCUAACCUUUCCAAGUAAUUUUUUACUUCUCUUAAUAAGUCUCUUUGGAAGUACAAGCUGCAGAGAAAUAGUGUCUUUUUCCAUUGUUAAUUUCUCACUGUACUUUGCCAUUGAAUAGCAUGUACUUAAGAUUGAAGUUUCAACUGUAAUAAUGCAUUUGUAAAGAAGGGAACUAUGAGGAAUAAGACCCAGAAAACCAGUUAUCUGACAUAUAUCUGAAAAUAAAGUACCAAUAUCACCUGGAGAAAAAUGUAAAAGUGGACAAAAAUGUGAUUUUGCAGCCUGGUAUCACUUUUUAAAAUGAGGCAGUGUAUUUUAAACAGUGAUUGAAAUGCUGCUUGUCUCAUCAGUUUCAUUCAGCUGUCUUCAUCAUUUCCAAUGGAUCAUCUACCCCAGCUCAGCUGUUACCAGGAGGAACUUUGUUAUGUAUUCUUAUUUAAAUUUCUCUUUGAAAUUCCUUGGAAUUCUAACUUGCCAAUGGGGGCAGAAGUACAUGUUUAGAGACCUGUGUCUUUCUUGUCUGACAGAAGUGUGAACAGCUACUCAAUAAAAGGGAAAUUUCCAUCAAAGUAGGUGAAAGUA